AUGGGGAAACGAUCAAAGAAGCUGAAAGCAUCCUCGGACGACGGCACGCGUCGAAUAGGAGACAUAUUCCUGGCGAGGCCUAAAACCAAAAUGGCGGCAGCGCCAGACUCCCCAGGCCUAUCCUCGGACGAAGACCCACUGGACUCCCCAGAUGCCAUACCUGAGGCAGAUGACCCUUUCUCCACCGUGCAAUUAGGGGACCUGGGGGCUCCCGCAACGAAGGGAGACAUCCUGGGCCUUCUGAAACACCUGCGCACAUGGUUCCGCACGGAUAUGGCGCUGCUCCGUGAGGAGGUAACAGCCGUGACGGACAGGGUGAAGGCCACAGAGGAGGAUAUCACCUCCAUGGCACAAUGCCAGACAGACGCAACAGAGCGACUACAACAACUCCAAGGCUCACACCAGGCCCUGCAGGCCAGAGUCAAUGCGAUGGACGACUCUAGGAGACGAAUCAACAUAAAAGUAAGAGGCAUCACAGAAGCUGUCAACGACACGGAGCUACCCCACUUUAUUAGGCGCCUCCUGUCGGAGACCCUGCACCCCAAACAGGCGAAGAACCUGCAACUAGAUGGAAUACUCAGACUCCCCAAGUCCGCAAGGGCUCCAGCAGACGCUCCCCGCGAUGUCCUCCUGAGAUUCCAGUCCCUACGCGACAAACAAGCACUGAUGGACGCCAUCAAGAACAAGAGCCCGCUCAAAUUUGAGGGCUCCCAACUAACCUUUCUCCAGGAUCUCUGCAGGGCAACGUUGGAGUGGAGACGUUCUAUCAGCCAGGUCACCAAGACCCUUCGAGAAGCAGGCAUCCAGUACAGAUGGGGCCCUUCCCACACACUCGUAGCCACACAGGGCGAGACCACCCGCCGACUCACCUCAGCUGCUGACGCCGACCCAUUCCUCCACAGCCUGGGGCUCAACCGGCACAAGCCCGACACUGCCAAACCUGGACAUUCCUGGGACAUAUCCAACAUAGUCCCCUUUGUACCUCGCAAUGAAGCCGACACAGGAUGAGACGCCCCAACCAGACCCGGGCUCACAAUACCCCUCUGGUAGAGGGAAGUGCCGAAGGACUGGCAGGCGAUAAUACCUCUUAAUGUUGACAUAGUCAUAAAGUUAAAAUUUUAUGUAGGCAUGUUCAGUCAAAGCCAUCCGGCUACUAUAACCUACUAACGUCCCCACACCACUUCUUGCCAGACACACCACCCGACUACCCCCCCACCAACUCAGGGGCCCUAGAGCGAUUCAAUAGCUACUCCACCCAAACGGGAACGAUAAACCAGCUCCCAAAUCCAAGCAGCACACCCCCCCUUCACAGCAAUAGUCACAGCACACGAACCAGCAUGCAUCCUCACCAAACAUCUAUAACACAACGCUGCUAUCACGGCACACCAAGAGGGCUACUCUCUAGGUGA